AUGUCGACAUUCAACGGACUUGUCGCAGAGUUUCCUGACAUACGAAUCGACUUCUUCCGGAGUCAUGCUGGCCGUCUUCCACCACUGGCAUGCUUCCUGAGCCACAUCCACAGCGACCACCUCGCUGGGCUGGAGACCCUGCGCUCCCCCUUUGUCUACUGCUCUGCAGCCACGCGGGAGAUGCUCCUCCGCCUGGAACGUUACCCUUGUCGCUUGAACUACGCCAAAGGCAUCCUCGAGGCGCGUGUGCAGACCUACAAGCACCUCAAGAACCUGCUCAAGCCGCUGCCUCUAGAAACAACCACCACUCUGGAGCUUGCGCCCGGAAUCCACAUCCAAGUAACCCUAUUCGACGCGAACCACUGCCCUGGGGCUGUCAUGUUCCUCAUAGAGGACUCGAAUCGCGCCAUACUCUAUACCGGCGACAUCCGGAGCGAGCCCUGGUUCGUCAACUCAAUCGCCAGAAACCCUGCCGUCAUCGAGUACACCUCCGGUCUCAAGACCCUCGACAAGAUCUACCUCGACACCUCCUUCAUCAGGGAUGUCCCGUUCCAAACUAAAGCCGAGGGCAUCGCAGAGCUGCUCCGGAAGGUGGCCUCGUAUCCCACUGACACCAUCUUCCACAUCCAGGCAUGGACCUACGGAUAUGAACAGGUCUGGAUCGCCUUGUCCAAGGCCUUGAAGUCACGCAUUCAUGUAGACGACUACAAGAUGCGCAUGUUUUCUUCCCUGACCGGCAAGACGUCCAACGAUCGCUUUGGUUCGUCGGUUCAUCUAUGCCCCGAAGCCCCUGCCCUGGCCGGCUAUGUAUGCGGAAACACACCCCACCCGGGCUGUCUCACCCGGGAUGAGCACGUUCGCCUUCACAGCUGCGAAAGGGGCGCCUUCUGCAGUGUCGUUCAGAAUGCUAGGGUCGUAUCCAUACUGCCAGUCGUGGCGCACCUUCAAAAUGGCGCAGAUGUUGCCGAGGCCGGCGUAGGAGGCGGUGGGGACGACUUGGAGCGCGAUGCAGAGCUCGAUCCCCUGUCGGCACAAGACAUAAAGACAAUGGUGAAACUGAUGGACGAGACGCCGGAGAUACCCACGGAUGCGAAGAUGAGGCUUCUGCAAUUGAUGGAGGCCGGUGCCAUUAGUGGUCGAAACAUGAGGUUGGACCUUGACAUGACGUCCUUUGGGGAGAAGAACGAGACCGCCAUCUUGGAUGCCUUUCGGACCAUCGCCCAGAGAAAGCAAAGUGCCAACGAACAAGUGGUCGGUUUCUCUGAUGAUUCGGCUGAACUGCCACGAGUCAUCACAUUUCCGUACUCCCGGCAUUCGUCGUACCGAGAGCUGUGCGACUUGGUUCGAGCGUUCCGGCCAAAGGAUGUCUGGCCUUGCACGGUGAAUAUUCCCGAGUGGCUCGGAGGUAACGUUACCAUCAAGUCUCUCUUCGGACCCGAAUGCUCCGGAGACAUCUUCGCUCACGACCUCGAGAUGGAAAAGGUUGCCCGCGAACGCGCAGAUGUUCUUCAGCAUCAGGCAUCUCAAGACUUCGACGCUAACCAUUCGUCAACGUCGCAAAGUCAUCAAGCCGACGAAGCCAGCUGUGCCAACGCCGGGGUCGGGCUGCCAACGGCCAAACUCAACACCGCUCCCUCUGCGCCACAGCAACCCCAUUGGGAGCCACAGACACCAAAUUACACGGGAAGAGAAGCCCGGGAAACCCAAGGACCGUCCGCAUCUGGCACUUUCACUAGGAAUGCCCAUCCACUUGUGGUAACAUCGCGCAUCCGAUCAGAUGCUUAUCUGAACAUGGUAAGGAACGUCCUCGGCGGGGAGUGGACACCAAUUGGCUUGCUCUCCACGCUCGACCAUCAUACAGUGCCAGACAAGGACCUCGGAAUGGUUUGA